CAGGGGCGGGGCUAUCCGGGGGCGGGGCGGGGCAGGAGGGCGCAGGCUCCUUCCCAGAAGCGGAAACAAAAGAGCCCCCGCCCGCUCGCCGCCCGCCGCCUGUCCGUCCGCCCGCCUGCCCGCGGCACACACUCGGCGCUCGCCCCUCGCUCUCUCUCACGGCUGCUACUGCUGUGGCUCUCGAUCUCGCUCGCUUCCCAGCCCGCCCGCUCCCACGCACGCAGCACGCACACACGCACGCUCGCUCCCUGCUUGCUCCCCGCUCGCUCGCACACGCAGGCACGCAGGGCUCGCCCGGAGCCGCGGGGGAGUCCGUGUCCGUCGGGAAGGGACGAACGAACGGCCGCUCGCCUGGGGGUGCGCGCGCGUGCCUCUCACUCACGCUCCGCGCUUGCACACGCACGCUGCCCUCGCCCCGCAGCCCAGCGGCCGCCUGAGGCAGGAGGAGCCCAACGCCCCCCGGACCCAUGGCGCUGAAGCGGAUCCAGAAGGAAUUGAGUGAUCUGCAGCGUGACCCUCCUGCCCACUGCUCAGCAGGACCUGUGGGAGAUGACUUGUUCCACUGGCAAGCAACUAUUAUGGGACCUCCGGACAGCGCAUACCAAGGCGGAGUCUUCUUCCUCACGGUACAUUUCCCAACAGACUAUCCUUUUAAGCCACCAAAGAUUGCUUUCACAACAAAAAUCUACCACCCUAACAUAAAUAGCAAUGGCAGUAUCUGUCUUGAUAUCCUGAGGUCCCAGUGGUCCCCAGCGCUGACUGUAUCAAAAGUUUUGUUGUCCAUAUGUUCACUACUCUGCGAUCCCAAUCCAGAUGACCCCUUAGUACCCGAUAUUGCACAGAUCUAUAAAUCAGACAAGGAAAAAUACAACAGACACGCGAGAGAAUGGACUCAGAAAUAUGCAAUGUAAAUUUGAAGAUUUUUUCCUCUAUCCCAGAGUACUGUAAAUUCUAGGUUUUUUCAAUAUUAGAAGUAAAAUCGAGCACCGUUUACUGUUUCAGUACACCCUGAAACCCUUUGAUUUUUACCCAUCCUAAAUGUGUUUCUGGAGCAAGACAAAACAAACUUCCAAAAAUAACCUUAAGACUGUGAUGAGAGUAUUUAUCCUUUUGUAUGCUUUGCAAAAGACAUUUAUUAUGGUUUUUCAGGUACUUGGACAUCUGCGUCUUCAGCCUACAAGAUCCACAGUGCAGUUGAAAAGCAACCAAAUUCUUUUGUGCGGACACUCGAUGUUUUUACAUGCGACACUGUAUGUGCUUGUCUAAGAUGGCGUCAGUUUUAGAAAUCUGUAUUCAGGUUUCCCUCUUUGUUAGCUCACUAUAUAAUUUGUAUUUUUUUACUGUAUAGACUAAAUAUAUUUUAUUUACCGCGUAAGUCAGCUCAUUAGACGUUCUCUCCCCGUGCACAGUAUUGACAUAACACAACUGCUGGCAAUGAAGCCGACGAUCGCUUUGCCGCCUCCUUCUCUGGCUUAGGACGUUGCGUAGACUGACUGCAGAUUCCGAAACCUCCCUCCCGUGAUCUUUUACACUGUAAUUCUCAGUAUGCCGAUUAUGGAGAAACACUUGGUUUUGAUUUUGUUGCCUACUUGACUUAAUUUUAUUGCAAUGUGAACUAAUGGCACUGCUACGUAGGGACGACGUGUAACUUUUAUUUGUUGCUAUUCACAUUUGAUUUUUUUUCAUACGGGCAAUAUACUAUUCUCACAGACCUUUUACAGAUCUGACUGCAGCUUUUUCCAUAUAAAUAAAACGCUUUUUCUACUACUUGUCAUGCCUGUUUUUACAACAAGACUCAUUACUAGGUCUAUGAGAAAGGAGCUGAAUAUUGUAUAUAGUUUUGCAUGCAAGUUGUUGACGAGGAGUACUCGAGAAUAUUUCGAGAAUAAGGGUUGCCUUAUUCGGAGUUCAUGUAUUUAAUUUUCAUUUGUUAUUCUUGCAUUUCCUGUAUAAAUCUUGUCUGACGUGAAAUUAGCAUCCCUUACCAGGAAAUCAUUGUGCUAACAGAGAACUCCCGUAACUCUGGCUGUCGAGCAGAAUUCAGACUCUUGUGGAUCCUGGUGUUGAGGCGCUUCGUAUAUCAGAGAACCCCAAGGAAUCUCUUCCGGAAGAUGAUUUCACUGUUAAGGCAGGCCUGUGGGAUGGACCCUGAGGAUAGCACUUGUAGACACAAGGACUAGUUUAAUGGAUAGGAAACCGGAAUCGAUGUCUACAGGUGCAUGUUUUAAAAAUAAGUUUGUUCCGUAGAUCUAACUUUCAUUUUAUCCUCAAUAUUUAACAUAGAAUUACUAAUAUAGUAUUUUAGAAAUGGAUUCUCAAUUUUGAAUUAAACCAAUUUUUUACUAUAGAAGUUUUAAGAAGACACUAAAAUCAUGCAUGUUUGAGUCUAUUUUUGUGAGUAGCUUGCUUCAAAGCCCCCAAAUGACUUGUGUCAAACUUUCAUUAUUGCAUAAUGAAACCUUUGAAGAAAAUCAAUUUUCUAAUCAUUUGACUUUAAGAGAUCGUAAUUAACUUACAUUUGUCUGGUGAGUGACAGUUUUGAAAGCACUGCAUACAGAAUCUCACUUGAUCCUCAUGACAAAGCCCAUGGGGAGAAGCGGGCCGAGCGGCAGGGCUCCCCUUGGCCAGAUGAGGAAAUGGAGGUUCAGAGAGGAUAAAUAACUUGCACACGGUCACACAGUAAGUGACAGAGCCAGAAUUUGAACCCAGGUCUUCUGAUUCUCGGGCUAGUGCUAUUGCCCCUACACCAAGGUGCUAUUAUUAUUGUUGUUUUCGUUUUCACCGCCUAAUGUCUUUAACGCAGUCAUUUCUCCUGUAUUAUUGCAGUGGUUCUAUAAAUGUACACCUAUUUGUGAUGGGUUUAACGAAAUAAUUUAAAUUGGCUAUCUUCUUGAUAGAAAGUUAUGGCACAAAUAAGCUUAUGAAAAAAGAAGAGAUGUCAUGUGUUUUAUAAAUGUAUGUAAAAUAUUUAAAUGAAUUGUGAAAUGGCAACUUAAAAUGUGAUUGUUUAAAAAUACACCUCAUACUUUGAGUAUUCAUAGUAGAGUCAUCAGAAAGUUACUUUAUAUUCUGGGCUACUUUUUCAUGGAAUUCGAAACGGCGUCGAGGUAGCUAGAAAGAAACUCUUGGCCUCACUGGGGUUGGAUAAUUAAUCGACUUUAAUAGUAAAGGACUUCGUUUGCUGGAAUAUCCUUAUAGCUUUUGUUUUGUGACAUUCAUUUAUGGAGUAUCAUUUUUUUCCUUGCAUUAAAGUUUCUGAAACUUGACAAAA